CAGACAAUCAGUCUAUGGGCUCUCAGUCCAGUUCUGGGAUGUCCGGUCAGGGCUCUGGCAGCAACCCAGACCAGUCAGAACCAGAACCCAACCAGAAUUCCAAUCAGACGGGUCGCACACAGGCCGAGAGGCAGUCAGGAUCUGAAGAGGACGUUGAUUUGGCACAAGUUCUGGCGUACCUACUGCGAAGGGGCCAGGUCCGCCUGGUCCAUGGAAGUGGAGCGACGGGCCUACAGCUCGUGCAGUCAUAUUCAGACUCGGAUGAGGACAGCGAUGGGGCCUGGGAUGGGCGGCUAGGACAUCGAUAUGACCCUCCAGUGGAUGCCCAACCAGACACACAGGAAAUUGACCGCAGUGAGAUCCGCACUCAGAUCUUGCUUGCCACUGCUUCCUCAGGCCUAAAGGGCAGACACAGUUUCACACAUAUGCUAGCAGAGCGGGAACAUGGACGAUGUUGUGGGUCGAGUUUCUCUCAUGGAGAGUGCAGCCAAAUCCGUUCACAUUUCCUGCCCAAUCAUGUGGUAUACAAGGACACCUAUCAGCAGAAAGUCUUUUGUGGAGUCUACAGUGAUGAGGGAAACAUGUUCCUGUCUGCAUGCCAAGAUCAGAAUAUCAGGUUAUAUGACACUAGCAGGGGCCGUUUUACUCUAAAGAAGACAGUGAAGGCCAGAGACGUGGGCUGGAGCAUUCUGGAUGUGUGUUUCACCCCUGAUGCACGUUGUGUGCUGUACUCCAGUUGGUCUGACUACAUCCAUGUGUGCAGUGUAGAUGGGGACAAUGAAACACACACCGCUCUGGACCUCAAACCUGAUGAAAGGAGGUUCUGUGUUUUCUCAUUGGCAGCAUCCACAGAUGGAAAAGAAAUUUUAGGCGGAGCAAACGAUGGCUGCCUGUAUGUGUUUGAUCGGGAACAAAACAAGAGAACUCUAAAGAUCGACGCUCACGAGGAUGAUGUGAAUGCCGUAGCGUUUGCAGACAGUUCAUCACAGCUGCUGUUCUCAGGCAGUGAUGAUGCUCUGUGUAAAGUAUGGGACAGACGUACCCUCAGAGAAGACAGACCACAGCCUGUGGGUCAUCUGGCUGGACACAGAGAUGGAAUCACCUUCAUACACAGCAAGGGCGACGCUCGGUACUUGAUCAGCAACUCCAAAGAUCAGACCAUUAAACUGUGGGACGUGAGGAAGUUUUCACCUAAAGAGGGGCUCGCGGCUUCACUGCUCGCUGUCACACAACAGAACUGGGACUACCGCUGGCAGCAGGUUCCACAGAGAGCAAUAAAGAGGCAUAAGCUGACUGGCGACACCUCUGUGAUGAGCUACAGGGGUCAUGGGGUUCUGCACACGCUCAUUCGCUGCCGCUUUUCCCCUGAAUUCAGCACUGGACAGAAGUUUAUUUACACAGGCUGUUCAACAGGCAAAAUCGUCAUCUACGAUGUGUUGACGGGAUCCAUUGUGUCCAAAUUGUCCAAUCAUGACGCAUGUGUGAGGGAUGUCAGCUGGCACCCCUAUCACAACAACAUGGUCAGCAGCUCUUGGGAUGGUGCCAUCCGUCUGUGGGAACACACGCAGAACCACCCUCUGGACAAAGAUCGAGAGAGGAUGAACGUGGAUAUGGUGGACAUGAAAACCAAACGCUUUUGAUGACGUCAGAGGUAGUCAUCAAUGGUGCCAUCAUUGCAGGAAUGGAAUGAAGGAGGAAUAAAUAAAAACCAAAUCAGAAAAGAGAACCAAUUUUGUGCAGAGAAUUUUGUGAAAUCAUAUUGAUGUAGUGUUAGGCAGGCUCUUCAGGUGUUUGUUUGAUUUCACAUUACCGGUUUAAAGUAAAAGGAUCGUUUCGUUAAUGAACACGGGGCGUGCUGUGAUUUCUCUUUUACGCCUCUCUUUCAGCUCGGAGAUGGCCGUUUACGCUUAAGUGAAAGACUUUGAAUGAAUUUCACCAAUAUAAAGAACGCAGGCACAAACACAACUGCUUCGCUUGAAAAAUUGCUUUACCCAAAAAAAGCAAUACUUGCAUAAUGAAAUAUAGCCUAAUGGACAUGUUUCUAAAAGUGCAACGAAUUCUGGGAAUAAUUCUAAAUAUUGUAAGAUAUUUUAUUGCUAUUAAUGUUCAGGAUUUGAUUUUGUAGUUUAUAUAUGUACAAAAUCUUUUCUUUGUCAAAACUCUGAAUGUGUGUUAAAAGUGUGUGUGUGGAGACAUAGCUGUGGGUUUACGGGUAUGGGAGUGAGUUUCUUUAUGCGUGUGUGUGUGUGUGUGAGUGUGUGCAGAUAUGUUUCUGUUGACAGAGGUUUGAUUUGUGUAUGAUUUAAGUGCAUUUAGAAUUCAUUGGAACACAAAAUUGUUUUACAAGAAUAAUUAAAUUUGUGCGCACAACUUUGUUUGUUCGGACUAUAAAUCGCAUCUCGAAUAUUUCAGUCAGCUGCAAGCAAUACAGUUAGUUACAUGCAGUGCUACACGCAUUCAAAAUGAUUUUCAAACAAUUUAAGACAAGGUCAGAAUUUAGGUACUCACACUG